GUAGAGAGGGAGGAUGUGGGCGGUGGACGGAGACCGUCGUCACGUCUGUCCAGCACCGGGCUGCAGCCUGUUGAUGUGGAUGUGAGAACUGCAGCAUUGAUUUAGGUCACAUUUGGAUUUGACUCGUCUGCUGGCCGCUGCGUCAUGUCCUCCUCCCGCUGCCCAUCGCAGACAGACGCAGGUCGGUGUUUGGAACAGCGGCGGAGCCACAUCCAGCCCGCCCACUGCUGACAGCGACACACAGGGGAGAGGUAACGGAACGCACCGUGAGGCUCCGGGCGCAGCGGUGCUCCGGUGCUCGGGGUGGAAGCGGGCCUCUGGAUGUGGAGGGGACGGCGGCGUGUGGAUGCAGCAGCGGUAGAUGAUCCACAGCAGGACUGUGGCAGAUAGACUAACCAGCAGCAGUCUCCGUUAGAGCCCCAGAAGAGUGAUAUGGCUUCCUGAUGCCUCUGUCCAACCAUCAUGCAGUGUUCCUGGAAGUUCAUGGUGCUGCUAGCAUUAGCCUCCAUAGCCAUCCAGUACACUGCCAUCCGCACCUUCUCCACCAGCCGUCUGGGCCUGCUGUGCUCUGUGGGCUUGGCACCCACAGGACACGCCGUCAACUGCAGCCCCAAAGAUCUGGCACGAGUGACCCAGCAGACGCUUGAGGGUUAUGGCUGUGAUGGCCUUUUCUCCCGCAACUCUUCCUCCCGCUCUUUCCCCCUCCCAACUUAUGAUACCAAAAAGAGAACCCACAUCCUCAUUCUGGCCACCACACGGAGUGGAUCUUCAUUUGUGGGUCAGCUUUUUAACCAGCAUCCAGAGGUCUUCUACUUGUUUGAACCUUUGUACCAUGUCCAGUUGGCACUGCUUCCUCGGCUGGCGCAGAGUCGAAACCUGGCUGAAAGGAGGGCGAUGCUGGGAGCUGCCAGAGACCUGUUGAGGUCACUGUACCACUGUCACCUUAACAGCCUAGAAAGUUAUAUACAACCCCGUCCUGCGAAGCACUCUACUGAUAAGCUGUUCAGACGAGGAGCUAGCCGCUCUCUGUGCUCCCCUCCUGUAUGUGAGGCUUCUCUGGACCCAAAGGAGCAGAGCCUGGUGCUGGCUGAUGAGGGGGAGUGUGUGAGGAAGUGUGGGCCACUCAACGUGUCACUGGCUGCCGAUGCCUGUCGAGCAAAGCGCCAUGCAGCUAUUAAGACAGUCCGGAUUUCACAAAUCACUGAUCUCAGAGCACUGAUCGAAGACCCAAGACUCAACCUGAAGGUAGUCCAACUUGUUCGAGAUCCACGUGGCAUCCUGGCCUCUCGUAUUGAGACAUUUCGAGAUACUUACCGGCUGUGGCGCCUGUGGAGAGCUACUGGACGUCGACCCCACAACCUGGACCUAGGGCAGAUCAAUACAGUGUGUGAGGAUUUCCUCCGCUCUGUGUCAACAGGCCUGGCCAGACCCGCUUGGCUCAAAGGGAGGUACAUGCUGCUCAGGUAUGAAGACUUGGCCAGGUUUCCACUUGAAAAGACCAGGGAGCUCUACAGCUUCCUUGGUCUGGUUCUGGAUCACAGUGUGGAAGACUGGAUCAUCAACAACACCCAUGGCAGCAGUGACCUGUCAUCCCGGCAGAAGUUCACCACAGUUAGGGACUCUGCAGCAAAUGCAGAGAACUGGAGAGUCAAGUUAUCCUUCGACAUGGUGGUUUAUACCCAGACUGCCUGUCAACCACUUCUGGGGCUCCUUGGAUACAAGACAGUAUUCCAUCCCAGAGAACUGAGAAACCUCUCACAUUCUUUAGUGCAGGACAGGAGGUUCCUCCCAUUUUAUUAAACUCAUGGCAACAUAAUGUAGUGUGGGUUGAAGAAACCACCAAGACUGGAUAGUACUGUAGUUUAUGGAACAGAGCUAUGUAAUCAAAGCUGUGAUCUGAUAUUCUCUGUUUGUGGUAGAGAAAUCAGUUUAAAAUUAAAAUUUACUAUGAAAAAUUCUCAAACAAUCAGAAAUCCUCCCUGGCAUCAGUGUUAGCUGGGGACCUGAGGUGGUCAGACGUAAUGUUCUUACUUAAUUUAUUUUUAAUUUUAUUUAUCUUGUUCAUUUACCUCCUGACCAAACAACUGCCUCAUUUUCAGGCCUUUAACCCAUGUACCAUUUGUCUUAUUUAAGCCACAUUAUGGCAAUAAAUAUAGUACAAAUGGGUCACUGAAAUGCUUGGUUUUGUCAUUUAUGAAAUGAUUAGUCACGUUUCUUAGUGCAGAUUUAUUUUAAGGUUUUUGUCUUGUCUCGCACACAGUCUGCUUUAACUUCUCAUAGAGUGGCAUUUCCUGUGCUUGUGGCUAUUGCAACAUGGUUAUAGGGCAAAGCAUGCCUUAUUCCACUGUUUUGUCAUGGAUGAGGGUUGAGGGCUCUCCUAUCAACCUUCUCUGGGGCCUGGUAAUUGAUGCAUUUUAGGCUGUUGUUCCUUAUGAUACGCAGACUGAAUGGCUUUGCACUUGAUGCUAUGAUUUCGUUCUCGUAUUGAAAGAAAUGAAUGUGUAAUACACAGUGUUUUAUAGUACAAGGUCACUAAGAACCCAAGGGUUGUGAAAUCUAAUGUUUAAAUCAAACUUUGUUAAUCAUGUUUAAGCUAUUUAUGCAGAAGUAAAGUACAAUUGAAGUUUGAUCAUUUGUUAUACACAACACCAUGGUGAUGCUGUUUAUUGGUACUGCUAUGCCAGUUUUUUUCUUCUUUAUGUCUGUGUGCUGAAAAAAAAACAAACAAACUCCUAACCAAAUUAUUAUUUAUGUCAUAAUAACAUAUUUUCACCCAGUAAUGACCUGUUCCUCGGUAGUGAAACAAAUUACAUUAACAUAACAAGUGACUAAAAUACACUGUAUCACUAUACAUUAAGUAAAAUGUUUUCAUAUGUAACACUGUUUUACUGUAUCUAUAGACUUCCUCUUACUUACACAAACUGAUUCAUGAAAGCAAACUGUAUUUUUGCAACUUUAGAAUUUUAAUAUGUUAAUUUAUAAAGAAAAAAGAAUGCAAAACUUGCCAAACUGUCAUGUCAACCCGUGAGCAUAGUCUAAAUACCAUUCCUCCAUUUGACUGACAAUUAUUUCAUUGUUCAAAUGACCUUAAUUCAUGUGAAAAGCUGUGGUUUGUUGUUCAACUAUACAUUUUUUAAAAAAUAUUUAUAUUUGUUUCUAAUUAAACAUGUUUGGAUUUCCUAA